GCGACCCGUAGUGUUAAGUCGCUCGUCGUCGCGGAGUAACGUAUUUUUAUGGUCCCGGCAGUUGUCGCAACGAAUCUCGUAUAUCUACGUUUUAUACGUACAUAAAAAACAGCUUCACGGUCGUGGGAAUAUUUAGUUAAUCCACCGCGUACGAACGUGGUGCGCGAGCCGGUAAGGAAUGGACGUCAGAUUGGUCUACCUCGUACUUGGAAUAGUCGUGCUCAUGGCAGUCGGCGUCGGUAGCCGAAUCGGUUCCUUCAUGAGAAUCGCUCAGAUCACCGUAGCUGCACUCCUUGUACCUAUAAUAUGUCGUUAUCAUCGGAGCAUCUACGUCAUACUGAGGACACUACCACGAGACAUCAGGUUCCUUUAUCGGUACCUAAACGCCGAUCGGGAAACGAAACGCUACGUCAGGAACAACACGACCGUUAUGAAAAUAUUUCGAGAGAGAGCGAAACUCUAUCCUAACAAACCAUGCUUCAUUUUCGAAGGCCGGAUUUGGACGAACGCCGAUAUGGACAAAUACAGCAAUCGAAUUGCGUCGGUGUUUCAAAAGGCUGGUUACGUUAAGGGCGAUGCUGUUGCACUUAUGAUGCCGAACAAGCCCGAGUUCAUAGCAACAUGGCUCGGGCUUGGAAAACUCGGUGUCGUUACCGCAUUAAUAAAUACAAAUUUACGAUUGCAAUUGCUUACUCACUGUCUUACGAUCGCCAAGGUCAAGGGUAUCAUCUAUUCGACGGAAUUGUCCUCGGCCAUUGACGAAAUUCGUGAGCCAAUGCAGGGCAUCGAGUGGUACAAACAUGGCGCGGGUCUCACCGACUACUGUCAGGGUUCCAAGAACCUUGACAAACUGAUGUCCGAAAGCGACGAUGAACAACCAGUUGUCGACCAAGAACCCGGUUACCGGGACAACUUGUUGUACAUUUACACGAGUGGCACGAUGGGGUUGCCAAAAGCAGUCUUGAUGCCCAAUUCUAGAUAUUUAUUAGUAACAACGGCUACUUAUCACAUGUUGGGGCUACGUGCGGAUAGUGAUAUUAUGUACAAUCCAAUACCACUUUAUCACAUGGCUGGUGGUUUAGUUGGAACUGGUUGUGCUCUAGUCAAGGGAAUUCCAAGCGCUCUAAGAACGAAGUUCUCCGUCAGUGCAUAUUGGACAGAUUGUAUAAAGUAUAAUUGUACGCUGGCUCAGUACAUCGGUGAAAUGUGUCGUUAUCUUUUAUCGGCGCCACCACGUCCCGAAGAUUCAACACAUCCAAUUAGGCUUAUGGUAGGAAAUGGAAUGAGGCCACAGAUAUGGCAAGAGUUUGUUGAUCGUUUCAGGAUCGAACAAGUCACCGAAGUUUAUGGCUCGAGCGAGGGAAAUGCCAAUAUUGUUAACGUUGACAAUCAAGUUGGUGCUGUGGGUUUCGUACCCUCUAUUCUGCCGAAAUCAUUGCACCCCGUCGCCGUAAUUCGAGUGAAUCCCGAAACCUGCGAACCCAUCAGAGGACCUGAUGGAUUUUGCAUUCGUUGUGAACAUAACGAACCGGGAAUGUUUAUAGGAUUGAUAAAACAAGGCAAUGCCUCAAGGGAAUUCAACGGUUAUUUAGAUAGAGAAGCAUCCAGAAAAAAGACGAUUGAAAACGUUUUCGUCAAAGGAGACAAAGCUUUCCUUUCAGGAGACAUAUUGGUGCAGGAUGAGCUCGGUUACUUCUACUUCAAAGACAGAACGGGGGACACAUUUAGGUGGAAAGGUGAAAACGUCGCGACUGCUGAAGUCGAGGGAGUCGUCAGCAACGUAGCGGGUCAUCGAGAAUCCACGGUUUACGGGGUUCAGGUGCCCGGGAUGGAGGGAAGGGCAGGAAUGGCAGCGAUCGUCGAUCCUGAAUGUCUGCUCGACUUCAAAGCACUCGCGGAAGGCUUGGACCGGGCUCUUCCGUCGUACGCGAGACCAAUAUUCCUCAGGAUCGUCAAAGAACUCGAGAUGACGAGCACGUUUAAGCUCAAAAAAAUAAAUCUUCAAAAGGAGGGUUUCGAUCCAAAUAAAAUCCAAGACAAAGUGUACUUCAGGUCAGGUAGCAAGGAAUACGUCGAAGUUACGCCGGAACUUUACGAGGAGAUAAUAUCAGGUUCGGCCAACUUAUAAAGGGCCAAAAUUCGUGAAUGUGGCGUUAAAACGAGUGUAUUAACGCAAUGAGACGAUAUUUGUUGCGAAAGAGUACGAGAGCGGAUAACGGACAGCUGGGAAGAAACGAGGCGACAAUUACGAAGAGGAAACUUUCGACGCGCGAUUAAAUGUAAAUCCCGGAGUGAUUCCGUCAUUGCGAUACAUUUUGAUCGUGCAUCGAGAUUUGUAGUUUAAUUCGCUGCAAAAAGGACUGAUUCGAGUGCCAGAGCCUCCGGCUCUGAAACAAAAAUCGUGGGAUAUGGAAACCUGCUAUGUCACGAAACAAAUUGAGCAAAGAAAGAACCUGUACUGCGAUCGCAAUUGACGCAUGUUACUUGGAGCGAGGGAGAGACAAAAAAAAUAAUUAGAUAGGUCGCGUUACCUCACAUGCUGCUGGAUCAACGACGCUAGAACAAGACAAACAUGGAAAAUCAUCAUUAUGCACAAUUGUCGCGAAAGAGGCGCGAUGUUGAUUUGAAAAAAAAUGCGAAGUUGUAUAAAAUUAAAAUAAAAUCACGGUCGGAACGAAGAGGAAGAAAAAAACGUGUUGGAGAUCAGCAAAAUCUAAUUCUCCUUAAUUUUCUAUCAAUUGGAACGUUCGUCUCGCUGUGAUUUAGCCAGACGAUCAACUUUCCACAUAGCGAUUUUUUCUUUUUCUUCACUGUUAUUAGGAUUUGUCACGAAUUUCCGUACAAUGCUUGCAAAUACCAAAGAAAAGCAAAAAAAAAACAAAACACAGUAAUAACAAAAAAAAGAUACGACAUUGAACUGCGGGCAGGGGGGCUAAAAUGCGAAAUGAAAAAUUUAAGUCACUGUGGUAGAGAGGUAAUCUACAAAAACUUCUUACCACGUUUUUGAGAAUGUGAACUUUUGGUGAAGAUUAGGACGUACAAUUUUGAUAUUGUGUUACGUCGGAUAGUUAAAAUAAAAAAACGGAGGAAAUGAAACACGAAAAAACGAUACUUGACGAAACAAACAAAAAAGAACAAUUAGAAAACCACUGAUAUACUUAUUUAAUCGAAACAGUUAAUUUGUCGGAUCCUCAAUUCUGCCCAAUAGGGACAUUUUUGUGGGCCAGAACUACCAUUAAAUUUCAUUCGUGUGAUUUUCUUCGUUUUUCGUUCCGUUCGUUUCCAAGUGUAUAUAGAUGUAUCUGUGUAUAUGAAUUUUUGUUUGUUUUCUGACUAAAUGGGGAUGCGUGAAAAACUUGAACCAAAAUUUUGAUGAAAAAUGGAAGAUAAAAAAAAACUUGAAAUUGGGUGCAAUGCGUGUACAAGAUAUAUUAUUGAUGUUACGAUUCAAGUGCUCGAGCUUCGAACGAGUUUUUGAUGAUCGCAUGCCAAACGGAGCAUCAUUACUUUCAGGAGAAAUGACUAAUUAAUUCGAAAUUCAUUGUGAUUCGAGUGCUCGAAUGAUCUCUUUGUAUUUAAAAGUUUAGAGAAGAAAAAUUUGGAAACAAAAGAAGAAAAAAAGGUAAAAAAUGAUGAAAAACUCGAAAACAGAAGAAAAAUCACCACCACAUUUUCACUAAUACGGUGAUGCACCUUAUUAACGUAGACUGAAGAAUUUUAGGAGAGCUUUUUAAAAUAAUACAAUAAGAUAAAAAAAAAAAAAACGAAGAACAAAAUACGAAAAUUCUUGAUGAAGCCGUGAGAAUAAAGAUGAGAAGAUCGAGUGUGCAUGAUAUGAGGGGUGGUGAAGGUGAUUUAAUGAAAAAUCAUUUGAUUCAAAUUUUUCUAACGAGGAGAAUAGCGAAUAAAUGAUUGAACAUAACGAUAUUCGUGUGGGCAUAGUUCUAGUGUUUUUUUGCUUCUCCUUCGACGUAACUGUGAUGCGUACUUAUUGAUUAUUUCCUCACAAAUUUCGAAUGAUUUUUUAUUCGAGACUUAUAUCGCUUUUCUUGCGAAGAAAGCUCGUUGCAUAAUAUUUUUCAUCGUCAUUUUCUGUCAAAUCGAACGACGGAAUCACCUGAAAAAUUUGUUGACUCAAAAACAGCACUGCUCAGUUAAUAAUUUACCAAAAAUAUUAACCAAAAAAAGAGUCUCGGCAAAAGCGUUGGAAAGUUCAACGCUCGAGUAGUAGAAAAUGAAGAAAAGAGCAGGUCGAAUAUUGCCAUCGUUCGAAACAACUCAUGACGCUAAUGAAAUAACAUUCUCAAAUUUCAAUUAGACUUGUAAGAAAUAAUGAUUUGAUUCAAUAUUAGCAACAACAACAAAAGCAUCUUUUGUUUUCACGGUUAAAAAAAAAAAAAAAAACAUGAUUUAUCCUUUCAACGAAUAAUCAUUAAAAGAAGUCUUCGUAGAACGAUGCCACAAUUAUUGGGAGAGAAAAUACCAAGUCGGAUUUCAUUUGUCACGAUCUCUUUAAUUUUGAGAGACCAAAGCCCGGGUGCGCGUCUAUCUCUUUGUGCGAUUGAACGCGUGUAUGCGAGGAUCUAGUGUGUUGACUAGAUUCUAUUUUAAAAAAUGUUGAGUGGUUUGUUCAAGAUUUCGUUGGAUGUAAAUAAACACAGUUUCAACACA